AUGUAUAAAACUGUUAUUUGGCUUAUUAAGGAUACCAUGCAUCCAUCACCUGAUCUGUGGCUUCUGGUCCUUCUAGCGAUGACUGGUGUUUUGUCGUUUUUGCAAAACUUGUGCGCCUUUUCAUUAAUUCAUCAACUGACAGCCCUUUCUUAUGCAGUUUGCAACGCCACGAAGCGGAUUACUGUAAUUGGAUCAUCGCUGCUCACUCUGCACAACCCCGUCACAGGACAUCCGAUACUUACUAUUUCUGCUGUUAAGAAAGUUUGA